ACUGAGCCUCAGAGCCCUGACCUCACUUGGUCAAAAUAAGAAAUUUCACUUCAUGGUGUCUCCUAACCCGGACGGCAGCAAGAAAAUUCCCCUUCAGAUCUUUCAUCUGUUCCAUGAAGAACGGACACAAGUGUGCUGCGAGGCCCCAGGGGAUGGAAUGCAGUAACCCCCCAAGCUACCUACAGCAGGUAGCACUAAGGCAGGCUUACAACUGGUCCUCAACUCCCUCAACAGUACUUGUGACCACCUACUGAGUGCCAGACAGUGUCCCAAAUACUCAGAUUCAACAAGGGAGCACACAGCUGGGCUCUUGUGGAUGGAGUACAGUACUGACUACCCAGCACGUUAGGAGAUGCUGGCCUUCCCACGGCAAAGCCACUGCCCGGGAAUAUGGAGUGCGUCUUGUCCAGCCACACAGACAGAGGGAAAGUGGACUCGAAGAGAACAGGCCCCUUGUCCGAGCCUGAAGUCAUUGGAGUGACCCUGGCCAUGGACCAGCCAGCUGGCCUGCAGGUGGACUACAUCUUCCGGGGUGUGGAGCAUGCCGUGCGCGUGGUGGUUUCCGGGCAGGUGCUGGAGCUGGAAGUGGAGGACCGGAUGACAGCUGACCAGUGGCGGGGCGAAUUUGAUGCCAGCUUCAUUGAAGAUCUGACCCACAAGACAGGGAACUUCAAACAGUUCAGCAUUUUCUGCAACAUGCUGGAGUCGGCCCUCACCCAGAGCAGCGAGUCAGUCACCCUGGACCUGCUGACCUACACGGACCUGGAGUCCCUGCGGAACCGCAAGCUGGGCAGCCGCCCGGGCACCUUGGCCCCCAGGUCAGCCCAGCUCAACUCCAAGCGCUACCUGAUCCUCAUCUAUUCUGUGGAGUUUGACAGGAUUCACUACCCGCUGCCCCUCCCGUACCAGGGCAAGCCAGACCCUGUGGUCCUGCAGGGCAUCAUCCGAUCGCUGAAGGAGGAGCUGAGUCGCCUCCGCGGGCUGGAUGUCCGCGACACGAGGGACACACGGGACACUGAGAUCUGGCACCUGCGGGAGCAGCCGUCGCCCACAGGUGGGCGCGCGCCGCGCUUCGACCCCACGGCCUUCGUGAAAGCCAAGGAGAAGAAGCAGAGGGAGAUCAGGAUGAAGCAGCGGCAGCAGCAGCGGAACCGACUGGGCAGUGGAGGAAGCGGGGACGGUCCGACCAUCUCGUGGUCUCGCCAGGCCCGGCCCCCUGCUGCCGUGACCGGCAGAGGGGACGCAGCCAACCGCUCGCGCCACCGCAGCUCCUCGGUGGACAGUUUCCGCAGCCGCUGCUCCUCGGCCAGCUCCUGCAGCGAGUACGAGGAUUUCUCCGAGUCGCUCCCCAGAGGCCUUCGCUGUCACCGCCACGGGAAGCCCCCCAGCCCCACUCCUUGGAGUGGGUCAAAUACAAAGUCCACCCCUCGGGAAUGCAGUAGUCAGAGACGCCUGGCCAGUUCAGGGGGCUGGGUCCCCAUCAAAGAGUACAGCUCGGACCACCAGGCAGUUGACAUGGCUGAAAUAGACGCCCGCCUGAAGGCCUUGCAGGAAUACAUGAACCGACUGGACACGCGGUCAUGACCAUAGAGAGCUGCACUGCCUCUCCACCCCUGCCCACCAGUGGGUAUGGCAUAGGUGCAGGGCCAGGGCCAGGGAGGCCUUCCAGCCUCACCCAAACCCUGCUCCCCUAGGGGUCCCAGGUGUGUGAGGCCCUGACCCUGCCCUCUCCCCAGGCAGUGCACACUGGGAGGGAGGGUAUGUACAUUUUGUAAAUAAAUGUGUUCAUCCUUGGGA